UCCUAUUUGUUCUGUGAUUUUGGAGAAGAAUUUGAGGUGAUGGAUACUACAGGUGAAGAGCCAAAAGAGAUCUUUAUUUCCAAUAUAACACAGUCAAAUCCUGGAGUGGUUACGUGUUUUGAGAACCGGUCUCACAAUCUUGAAUGUGGACAAUACGUGACAUUCCGUGAAGUGAAUGGAAUGGCUGCUUUAAAUGGGUCCACACAUCAGGUUUCAGUUACAUCACCUUAUUCCUUUAGCAUUGGAGAUACAUCAAGCAUGGAACCAUACCAACAUGGGGGAAUAGCUAUGCAGAUUAAAAUGCCAAAGUCUUUCUGCUUUGAAAGACUAGAAAAGCAAUUGGUUGAUCCACAGUUUCUCUCUGCUGACUUCAGUAAGCCAGAGGCACCAUUGAACAUUCACACAGCUGUGUUGGCAUUGGAUCAUUUUCAAGAGAUGCACAGUCGUCUGCCUAACAUAAGGUGUCUUCAGGAUGCUGAGGAGAUGCAGAAAUUAGCAGCAUCAGUAACUGAAACUCUGCAGAGUAAACCUGUGUUGGAUGAGCAGUUUGUUAAAUGGUUGUCCUGGACAUCUAGAGGUUUCUUGACUCCCCUUGCAGCUGCCACGGGAGGAAUUGCCAGUCAAGAAGUCUUGAAGGCAGUAACAGGAAAGUUUUCACCUUUGCAACAGUGGCUAUUUCUGGAUGUCCUGGAUAUUGUCAAACCACUGGAACAAAUCAGCAGAGAAGAAUUCCUUCCAAGGGGAGAUCGAUAUGAUGCUCUCAGAGCUUGCAUUGGAGACACUUUUUGUAAGAAGAUUCACAACUUGAAUGUUUUCAUGGUUGGAUGUGGUGCUAUUGGUUGUGAAAUGCUGAAAAAUUUUGCACUUCUUGGGGUUGGCUGUGGCUCAGAGAGAGGAUUGGUCACAGUCACUGACCCCGACUUGAUUGAAAAAUCAAACUUGAACAGGCAGUUUCUCUUCCGACCUCACCACAUUCAGAAACCUAAAAGUUGUACUGCUGCUGCUGCAACCAUAAACAUCAACCCUGAGUUGAAAAUAGAUCCGCGACUGGAUAAGGUGUGUCCUGCCACAGAGAAUACCUAUAGAGAUGAGUUUUACCUCAGACAAGACGUCAUUGUGAAUGCACUGGACAAUGUGGAGGCCAGAAGAUAUGUAGACAGUCGGGCAGUGUCCAACAUUCGUCCACUUCUCGACUCAGGAACAAUGGGGACGAAGGGACACACAGAAGUGAUUGUGCCUCAAUUAACAGAAUCCUACAACAGUUAUCGGGAUCCUCCUGAUGAAGAAAUUCCGUUUUGCACUUUAAAGUCAUUUCCAGCAACCAUUGAGCACACAAUUCAGUGGGCAAGAGACAAGUUUGAGAGUUCUUUUUCACAUAAGCCUUCAUUGUACAACAAAUUCUGGCAGACACAUGCAUCUGUAGAAGACGUUUUACAGAGAAUACAAACUGGUGAAAGCUUAGAAGGCUGCUUCCAUAUUGUUAAGCUACUGAGCAGGAAACCCAGGAAUUGGUCUCAGUGUGUAGAAUUGGCAAGGUUAAAGUUUGAAAAAUAUUUUAAUCACAAGGCUCAGCAAACUAUUGCAUUCAUUCCCACUGGAUACGCGGUUAAAAGAUGGAAGUUUAUUUUGGCAAUCUCCAAAGCGACCCCCUACUCCAGUACAGUUUGACAUAACAGACCCAUUACAUGUCAGCUUUAUAGUUAGCGCUGCCAAACUGUAUGCAGAAGUCCAUGAAAUCCAGCUCAGUGAAAAGGAUUUGGCUCAUGAUGUCGUCCAGAAAAUUAUAACAGGGAUGACCAUCAAAGAAUUCACACCUUCCAACAAGGUUGUUGAAACAGAUGAAACUGCAAAGAAGCCUGACCAGAUUCAAAUAAGUAGUGAAGAUGAGAGGAUUGCAGUUUUGCAACUUGAAAAGGUCCUUGCAGAAGGCCGGGCAUCAAAAGAUGACCUCCAUAUGAAGCUCUUAUCAUUUGAGAAAGAUGAUGACGGCAAUGAACAUAUCAACUUCAUCACAGCAGCUUCCAACUUGAGAGGAAAAAUGUAUAUAACAUUGAGCCAGCUGACCGACUGAAGACCAAGCGUAUUGCCGGAAAGAUAAUCCCUGCUAUUGCUACAGCCACAGCUGCUGUCUCUGGCCUGGUUGCCCUGGAGUUGAUUAAAGUGGUUGGUGGGCAUCCAUUUGAAGCUUACAAGAACUGUUUCUUUAACCUUGCAAUUCCAAUCAUUGUGUUCACGGAAACAGCAGAAGUAAAAAGAACACAUAUCAGAAAUGGAAUUUCAUUCACGAUCUGGGACAGGUGGACAAUCUUUGGCAAGGAAGACUUCACUCUAUUGGACUUCAUUAAUGCCGUCAGGGAACAGUAUGGAAUAGAACCAACAAUGGUUGUGCAAGGUGUGAAAAUGCUUUACGUCCCUGUUAUGCCUGGUCAUGCAAAGAGACUGAAACUUACAAUGCACAAGCUUGUGAAACCAGGAGUCGAUAAAAAAUAUGUUGAUUUGACGGUGUCUUUUGCCCCUGAAUCAAAUGAAGAUGAGGAUUUACCUGGGCCUCCUGUUAGAUACUACUUUAACCAAGAGAGCAAUUAA